UAUACCUCUCAACUCCUGGCCAACUCAACUCAACAAAACAUAGGUUAGCCCCUCACUUGUCCGCCACCGCCGUCGACUGCUCUUCAGUUCAGAGUCGUGCCGCUCCGCCCUGAAGUUCCCCGUCCGCAGCUCAGCCACUUCCAUCGUCAGCUGCUGGGAGGUUAAACUUUUGGCCAUCAGAGGGAGGUCAAGCAAAGGGAAAAGUCAAAUUCAACUAUUGGCAAUCACCCCCAAGGCCGAAAAGGCCAAAGGGAAAGAAGAUGAAGACAAUUUAUGGAGAAUGUCUUUCAUUUAAAGAAAUAUCACUUUCAAAAGCGACAAAAGUUAUCUCACAGUUUGCCUCUGCUGACAAUGGUGCUUCAGAAGUUGUCAGUGCAUAUCUCCACCGGGCUUCUGCAUCUUUUGUUGAGUUGAACAAUCUCCACAAGGAACUUAAGUCAAAGAAGAGGCUCAAAAGGCAAACAGAGACUGGUGAAGAUAGUGGGAGAGUCAUUGGAUUUGGAACACAGUCAUUUGGUAGUCAGAAUGAUGGUGGGGAUGAUGAAAAAUCAACUCAGACAAAAGUUAAUGGUACUAUUGGUUAUGAAAAGGUGAAUAUGAAUGGUGGUGAGAAACAAAAGAAGAAUAAACUAAGUAAGCAAGAAAAAGAGUCCAGCAUUCAUGGAGAUAGCAUACUCAAAAGUGGAGAGGGAGAAAUUGAUGGCAAAUUAACUGCCAUGUCACCAAAUGAAGGUUACAAGAAGAAGAAACUCAAAGAAGGUGAGAAUGCAAAGGGACAAGAGCAGCGGAAAGAGAUAGACAAAAAGCUAAGCAAUAAUAUUGAGGGUGAAAAUGGAUCAGUUGGUCAUCAGGACUUGCAAAAUAAGAAGAAAAAGAAAUAUGAAACAGAGAGUGAGGAUAAAUUAUAUGCAGAAGAUGUAAAGAUUGAGGGCAAGAAGAAGAGGAAGAAUGAAGAUUUGGAAUGGAGGCAGGAAGAUAGAUCUGGGGAACUGACGCAGAAGAGAAAGAAAACGAAACUCUAGGGUGAUCCUUAAUCUUGGUUUAGUAGUUGUUUAAGUUAAUCUUUUGUAUAAUUGAUGAGAAAUUUGUACUUGUUGCAUUGCUUACACUUGCAUCACUUUUUGAUCUAUCAUGUAACAUUAUAGGAAUUUGCUUUCUUGAUUUCUUUUCUGCAGUGCUUGUGUUGGUUGCAAUAUAAAUCCAUGUGUUUCUGUUGGUUGGACCA